AUGUCCAAAGCCAAUAUGAAAUUCUGCAAUAGUUAUUUUCUGGUGGAUCCGACCAAAGCAAGUGUUUAUGAUCUCAUUCUUCUUUUGUUUUCCCCAAAUCUUAUCAGCGCAAGAUUCAUUGAUUCUCCACCGGAUACGCUCAAUAGCGCCCGGCGAAGUUUCGCGAGUCGAUGGAUGAUUGCAUUGGCCAUUUUUCUUCAGAAAGUAUUAAUAUUCAUAAGAACACCCUUGGCAUUCAUAGGUCGUAUAAUCACCUAUUGGCCCAAUCUUCUUACGGCAAAUGGAGGUUUCUUCAACUUGAUACUUAACCUUUUGACAGGAAAGUUGGUGAAGCCUGACGAAUCGUCCGCGACAUAUGCGUCGUUUCUGGGAUGCACAGAUCGAAGAGUAGAACUUGACCAGAAGAUAGAAGUUGGCACGAUCGAAUACAAGUCGAUGUUAUCAAUGAUGGCUUCUAAGAUCGCUUAUGAGAACAAAUCUAUCAUCACUUCCGUGGUCAAAAACACUUGGAAGAUGGACUUCGUGGGUUACUACGACUGUUACAACGCGUUCCAAGAAAAAAAUCUGACACAAGCCUUUGUGUUCAAAGCAUCGGACACAAAUCCGAACCUCAUCGUCGUCAGCUUCAGAGGAACCGAACUUUUCAGCUCUGAUGAUUGGUGUACUGAUCUUGACAUCUCUUGGUACGAAUUGAAGAACGUUGGCAAAGUUCACGUCGGGUUCUCGAGAGCUCUAGGCCUCCAACAAAAUGGAUGGCCCAAAGAAAAUAUAAGUCUCAUACAACAAUAUGCUUACUACACGAUUAGACAGAAGCUUAGGGACAUGCUUGCCAGAGACAAGAACCUUAAGUUUAUUCUAACGGGUCAUAGUCUCGGGGGCGCAAUAGCUGCUCUGUUUCCUGCGAUUCUUGCAAUUCACGGUGAGGAUGAGCUACUUGAUAAGCUAGAAGGAGUCUAUACAUUUGGACAGCCACGUAUAGGGGACGAGGAGUUUGGGGAGUAUAUGAAAGAAGUAAUGAAAAAGCAUGGGAUAGAGUAUGAAAGGUUUGUUUAUAACAAUGACAUGGUGACUAGAGUCCCCUUUGAUGACAAGAUUCUGUUCGGAUACAAGCACUAUGGAUCUUGCAAUUACUUCAACAGUCUCUACCAAGGAAAGGUAAGAGAAGAUGCUCCUAAUGCCAACUACAUUAGCAUGUUGUGGCUAAUACCAAAGCUGCUGAGUGGUGUCUGGGAGUUUAUAAGGAGUUUCAUAAUAAGGUUUUGGAAAGGCAAUGAGUACAAAGAGAAUUGGACAAUGCGAACUGUUAGAAUUGUUGGGAUAAUAAUCCCUGGUGUAUCUGAUCAUUUCCCACUUGAUUAUGUCAAUUCCACGCGCUUGGGAGGCUUGGCUCGACCUCUUGCUACUACUACCCCUCAGGAUAAACUUUCUCUCAUUGCUUGAAAUAACAUGAUGACUCGUCCCACUCAAGUCAAGCAGAAGAAAGUCCAAGGUGUGUUGAAGAAACCCAAUUUCAGAUGUAUCGAAUAAGUUUUCAAACUAAAUAAAGGAUGAUUUCAUUUACUUGUUUUUAUUUUCCCUUACUUCCUUAAUAAGAGAAGGAAUACUCUUGAGUUGUUACUUAAAGUGUUGUUUUCCCUGUAAGAAUCGAAUGGUUCUAAUUUCUUUUCAUAGAAACAAAAACAAAGCAAACAAACUCUUACCAUUUUUUUUUCUCAACAAACUCUUACCAUUUAUUUUGUUGGGGCCUCUCUUGGUUCCCUAUCAUUUCAUUUCCGAAAAAGGAGACGUAUUGAUUAUGUCUACUUUUGUAAGCUUAUGCGUAGAUGCUCACCAAACACAUGUAUAGAGAUUUAAUAGCUUUACUAAUUAUUGACUCGCCUCUCAUUAUUUAAGCUCAGACAAGUCACAUUUUGUGUGUCCAUAAUAUGGGGAAACCAAUUUUGGUCACAAAAAGAAAAAAAAAAUUGCCACAAUUUGAUAAAGAGAUAUUUCAAAGUUAAUCCACAAAAAUAUUUAUUUGCCAUGAUUUAGUCACAGUAUUUUUGUGACUAUAUAAAAUAGCCAUUUUUGGCUAUAUAAAGUAGUAACGAUUUUGUUACAAAUUUUGUAACUAUUUGAAUCCCUAAACCCUAAACACACUUUGAGCUCUAAAUUCAAAAUACAAACCUUAUAAUUCUGGUAUCUUCAUUUUAUUAACCUAAAAUCUUAAACUUCAAUUCAAAUUUAAUAUUUUAAAAAUCUUAAUCUCAAAUUUUAAACUAAAUUCAAACAUUAUACUUCAAACACUCAACUCUGAACCUAAACUAUAUACCCUAAAUCAUAAACACUUAAAUUUUGUAACUUACACUUAAAACUUCUCUAAUUUUAUAACUAUAACUAAUAACAAAUACCUACACCCUAAACAUAACUUUAAAAUUCUAAAUUCUAAACACAAAAUUUAAAAUUCUUAUGAUAAACCAUUAAACCAUACAUGUAUACUUAAAAUUAUUUAAUCUUAAUAUGUAUAUUUAAUAAUUUAAAAUUUAUAAACCUAAAUUUAAAAUUCAAAUUCCAUACCCUAUAUUCCCCAAAAUUCAAACCCUAAACAUAACCCUUUAACUUUAUAUUUUAUAAUUUUUAAACUAAACCACCAUAUACCUUUGUGAGGACUUUGUUCGAAAUCCCCUAGUGUCUGAGGCCCGUUCACUUCAUGUAUUUGGGCCGAAGACUGCUCCAAGCCCACUCCAGCUUAACAUCAUCACACAUGCUUAUAUAUAUGUGUGUAGUUAAUGUGUUGACUAGGUUAAGGUAAGUAUAAGAAAAUAAUUUACAGACAUCAGAACACGUUGGAGAAUAAGAGAAAUGACACAUCAACAUAAGAUAAAAUAGCUUAGGGCAACGUCUAUUUGAUCUUUACAAGGUUUUUGUAUUCUCUUGUUAGUUCUUGAGUUUCCUUGUGUAACAAACUAUUCGACAUCAUUAUUUGGCGAUUGUUCAAGUCUCUUUGAUCUAGUGAAAUUUGGGAGCACAAGUUCUCCCUGGAAACGUACCCGUCAAAGUUGAUUGUAUCAUUCUUUCAAGCUUUAGUUCUAGGUCAAGGAACGAUAUUUUCCCAAUAACCAUUAAGAUUUCAGGCGCAUCAACUACCUGUCAAUUUUAAGUACAGGAAGUAACAUUUGGCUUAGAAUUCACAUCAAUCAAAACUUUAUAUUUGGAGCACUUAGCCAUUUAAGUAGAUAAAGUUACAGUUUCCAUUUUCUUACCCACAACAACAGUUUUGCUUCAGUGAGUUUCAGUUGUUCCAAAGCUUUUACCUAGUUAGAUAAAAGAUAACGAGUAAUCAUGUUCUCGGUAAGUGAAUAGUUCUUUUAACUAUAAGAGACUCAAAUCAUAUAUCUUGUCACUAAUCCUGAUGAAAUAGAGAGCCUUAGCAAGAUGAGCUCACGAAUCUAACUUUCACCCAAAUUUUUUUCCGCAUCUGUAAUCCUAAACAAAGCAAAACACAAUUUUCUCCAGAACUGUUAAAGAGGCGACUUAGUUCUUAUUAAACUCCUCAUUGUUACUCGCACGCAUAAAAUCAAGCAACUUUUGAUUCAACUUCUCCUCAGCAUAUCCAAUUUCAAACUUGUCUUAAAAGUAUAGGGAAGAAGAAAGAAACCACAACUAUGGCAGCAACAACGGUUGAUAUCUCAGCUCCAGAAGUGGAGUUCUUUGUUUCAAAGCAAGAGACUGGGUACUGAUAGGAGAUUUUCAAGGAGAACGUUUGUUCUCUGAAGAGAGGAUGCAAUGUUUGUCUUUGGGUUCCUAUCAGUCUAAUUUGGGUGUGGGUUUUCUGAUAAUUAUAAAGUUGAUUGCAAAUAUAGAAAUUUAAAAUGGUGAUGACCCCCUCUUUUCCAGAAUAGAGUAAGGUCAUCUUCCAAUAAGUUCUUGACAAGUUGGAGAUUAUGGAUUUUAGAAAAUGCAACUUUUUGGAAAUGUAUUAACACAUUUUCCGCUUAUCUCUAGAUUGACAUACAAUAUCUAUAUAACCACUUUCUUCAACCAAUUUUUACUGAGUUUUUUAGAUUUUUUUUAAGGGUCUUACAUCUACUGGUCUUUGGCGAUAUCUUGAGACGAUGAAGACCAUACUUGGGUCUAAAUUUCCUACUGUCACAGAGAAUGAGUCAGAACAAGUUAAGGGUGCAAUCGAUUUUACAGGACUGAUAAUUACACGGCACUUCACUGUCAAUGAUAAGUCUUCCUCUCUGAAACAAGAUCUCCAUGUUUUCAAGAUAGACAAGGCUGUGGAACUGACCCGUAAGUUAUAUGAUAUUGUGGAAUAUUAAAGCAAAAUAUAUGGCUCAAAAUGAGCUUCGUGAUAUAUUGCAUAAUUGAUCACUUAAAAGAGAGAGACUAAUGUUUGAUUAUUUUUUAUUUCAGUGUGCAUACACCAUGGAGACUGCAAUAAGUACUGUUAUAUAUCAUAGAAAACUACGGAACCCUCCUAUAUAUAUAUAUAUAUAUAUAUAUAACAUAUAGUAUUUUCUCUCUCUUUACUUCAGUAGAUGGAGCAGCAUUCUCAUUUUGAUGAAUAAUGAUGUCAAUAUCCACAACAGGUACAUCCGCAGUAAUAGCCACUGAAUUUGACAGCAAUGUAGUAUUCUCUGGAAUUUUAGGAGGCUGUCAAGGCAUUCCGUGGAUCCCCAAGGAACCCGAUUUCGAAUCCGCACCACACUAGAUUUCCACAGUACGUGGCCAUCAAGGCUUUCACAUUCUCUCUUCGGAGAAUGGUUUACCAUUUUUUUUUUUACUUCAACAUUUCCACAAAAAGAGCUCACUGACCAAGAAACACCACGUCUAAAGUUUCUCCAAGCUCAGGUUCGGAUUUUGUUACUGAUCAUGAACCACUGUUUGGUUCCUCAAAUGUUUCUACGGAAAUCCAAGUCGCACCUGCUGCAUCACCAAGCUUGAUCACUUCUACAACCAUCUUAAUUAGCAGAUGUUCUAUCUGCUCCUUCUGCCACUAAAACACCCAUUAUGAAAACUGUUCCAUCAAACAGUAUCAACAAGGAGGUCCAAAAAACUUCUGUUGUUGACCUCGUAACCACAACACUUAGCGCUAAUGCAUUCGAGAGUCCUUCUUGUUUCUCUGUGCUAGGUGACAUGGAUGAAGCCGAGAUAGAGUCAAUGGUCUCUCUCAUCUUGACAAGAGGUGGGAGAGAAACAAAACCUCCUAUCAAAUACUAAGACUUGGAAUGGAAGACAACACAAGGUAGAAGAAAGCAUGGUCCGCAUGGCCGUGGAUCCAAACGCUAGCUACUAUCUUUUAUUUCAUAGUUGGUUUUGCUAAUUUCUACCUAAGUAGUUUCAUAGGUAUGAGAUUUUAACUAUCAUGAUGUGCUCAUGCAAACUUUAUCUCGCUAUAGAGUUUUAUCACUCUAUCACGUAAAGGUUUUAUGCUUUUUAAAUUUGAAAGCCUUAAAUUCUGUAUAUUGUUUAAGUUUUUAAGCUUGUGAUUACUUCAUAGUUCACUAACAUGUAGACUAGUUCGAACUUCUAAUAAGAGGCCUAAAAUAAUAAAAAAGAGUCUCUGAGUAACAGAGAACAAAGGUCAGAAGACGUGCUUUGAGCUCUGAACGUAAAAACUAAAGUUGCCAUAUAUAUAUAUAUAUAUAUCGUUCAAUAUAUAUUAUUUUAUGGUUUUGUCGCAGAUAUAUAUAUGUUUUUUUUUUGCUAACUGUUGCACAUAUAUUUUACGAUGUGUUUUUAAUCAAGGGCUUAUUUGUGUACUGGCCAUAUUUUGAAGACAAAUUAGGUAAAUAGCAAUGGUUUUAAUAUAAUGAAAAAAACUAGCAUUUACACUCUAAUUCAUCCGGUUAUAUCCUUUCUCUUCGCCAUUACCCGGUAAAAAUGUGGUCUAUAUAUCCACGUAAUCCAUAAAUAUAUGGUUAAGUGUGCCUAGAAACUAUUCUACACGGAAAAAAGGAAUUAUCCACGUCACAUGUUUAUUAACUACAUACAUAUGCACUAAAUGUUUUAUUCCACAAGGCCGAAGUAGUAUGAGAUUAUAACUCCAUACACAAAUCCUAAAUAUUAAACAUUACCACAACUCCUAUAUACUAAACCCUAAACUCUAGUCACUAAACCCAAACACAAAUGUAAACUAUAAUAUAUAGUUAUAAUAUUUUGAAUAAAAUUAAAAUAUGAAAUAGUAUAUACUAUUGACCAUAUACAUAUGCACCGAAUGCUUUAUUCCACAUGGCGGAAAUAGUAUAAGAUUAUGACUUCAUUCACAACUCCUAAAUAUUAAACAUUACUCCAACUCCUAAAUACUAAACCCUAAAUUCCAAUGACUAAACCCAAACCCAAAUAUAAACUAUAAUAUAUAGUUAUAAUAUUUUAAAUAAAAUUAAAAUCUGAAAUAGUAUAUACCAUUGACCUGAAAAAUCUGAAAUAGUAUAUACUAUUGACCUGAAAAAUCUGAAACCCAAACCCAAAUGUAAUCUCCCGGUUCAUGUAAGUACACCCCUCAGUCCUAAAAAAUUGACAUGAAAAAUAAGAAAAUAAUGAGAUGGUUAUACAACCUCACACGUAUAGUUCAUAAGAAAACAAUGAAAUAACCUUAGAUUUUCAUGUGAAUAGAACAUACUAUUCUAUGCAUGCCAUAUUACUACACUAUGUAUAUAUAUGUGUGUGUUUGACAAACAACAAAUUUUAUUCUCUUAAAAAUGGAGUGUAUUCUAUGUACAAAAAAUCUAAGAGAAAUAAACCAACUAACCUCCGUGAAGUUUCCUCAGAUACUACACGUUGUCAGAAUCACAUAAGAAAUAGGGCCUUCAACUCGCUGUCACAAUUUAUACCGUCUUCUUUGCUAAAAUUGGCACCGACAUUUCUCUCGCCGCACGAGUUGAGUCUCUCUUGAAACACAGGUCUCAUUUAUCUUGCCACAUUUGUUGAAACUCUAUUCUUCAUCGUCCCUUCACCGUGAACACAAUGAGGUUAAUUGGAAGUAGCUACAUAUCUGAACAAAAUUGAUUAACUGCCCCUAAAUAUAACUCUAUUCUUCAUCGUCCCUUCACCGUGAACACAAUGGGGUUAAUCAGAAGUAGGUACAUAUCUGAACAAAAUUGAUUAACUGCCCUAAUAUUUACUAAUAAAAAGUAACCUUUACAGAUAUGUGUGAAUAUCAAAAGGUAUGACUAACGUAUGGACACGAGUAACUUUGCCACAAUAAUUAUUUAUUUAUUUUUUCCUUUCUGUGUGCAGGUUUUCCCAGUUAUUCAUGAGGGUAAUAUGGCUAUUUUUUUUUUAUAAAAGAGAAACAGUGUAUCGGUCAGCUAGGUCAUUUGGAUAUCUAGUGAAUUAUGCUUUUUUUUUUGGGUUAUACAGUCCAAUUUCCCUUAUACAGUGAUUUCAAAGAAUCAGACCUCUUAUACAUUUUCUCUUAACUUAUAUAUUAUAUAUAUAUAAUGUUUUUAAAUGGAAUUCUUUCAUAACUAGUUUUAUAUAUGCAUCUAUUGUAAUUUAUAUAUAUAUAUAUAUAUACCUUCUAUAGUUGUUAUGCACCUAAUAAAUCUAGCUCUUGAAUUACCCAUGUUGUGUUGUUAAGUAUAUAUGCCUUUAGUUAAUAUUAUUUUUAAUGUUUAUAUAUCAUUUAUUUUGCAAUAGCAAUCUCAUAAAAACAUAUUAUGUGUCCUUAGUUUCUUGUUUCUUUUCUACUAUAGGUUUAUUAUUAGAAUAAUUUCUUGUUUGUAUUUUUAGUCCUUAAUUAUAAACAGUUAUUAAUGAUUAUUGUUGUUGUUUUUUUUCUUGUCAUUUUGCCUAUUUUUAUAAAUAAGUUUGAUCUAUAUAGUUUUUUUUAACAUAAUCUAUAUUGUUUAGAGCUGGUUAUUUAGCGUGAUGGGCAUAACACUAUUGUCGAUGUAUUCAUAAUAUCAUCUCCAAAACAACAUUAUUCUAAAAUUUGCAAAACCUCAAAUUGAAUGUUUGAUAGUCUUUAUCUCCAAAAGUAAAAUCUUAUAUUAAACCUUAAAAGUGGUAUAAUUUAUAUUUUAGUCAUUAAUGUCGAUUUAGAUUAGUUAAAAUCAUACAAAUUUUAUAAAUAAAUAUGCAAUUUAAAAUUUAAUAUUGUUUAUAAUAAUACUUUUUAUGAAUUUAUUAAAUCUGAACAAAAAAUAUAAUAUAAUUAAUUUAAUAAUAAUAAAAUUUAGAUUAAAUCCAAAUUAUGGAUAAUGUGUGGAGAAUUUUGUAAUUUUAAAUCAAGUUUACCGAAAUUUUAGUAGUAUUGUAGUACAUAUAAAACUAUGUGAAAUAUGAAAUUAAAAGGAUUAAAGUGAUAAAAUAAAAUAGUUGAUAAUAUUAUUUAAAGAAACAGAAGUGUAAGACUUAAAAAGCAAGAAACCUCAAAUGUAAAGUUUAAAUUUAGAAAAAAUGGGAAAUUAGAUCGUAUGUAAGUUAUUAAUUUGGAGUUUGAUCAGGGUGAAUUUUAAUUUGCGAAAAAGAUCACCUACUUUUUUGACCAUAUGCAAAAAUAUUGUAAAAUUCUCUAAACACCCUUCCCAAAAAACAUAUUAACAGAAUUACCAUAGUCUACUUUGAGUUGUUUUCACACGUGAGAGAUAUUGUCCUAUGUCUGAGCCAAUGACCAAUAGAAUCUCUUCUUCUCCAUUAUUGUUUCUCUCUUUUCUCCAAUUUUCUCCACAAACUUGUAUACAUUCAUAUAUAUUUAUUCCAAAAACAACAAUAAAAUAAAUUCAGAAAUUGCUAAAUGCAAAGAACAUAUAAGAAAAAGAGCUUAUUUGCAGAAUAGCCAUAUUUUGAACAUAAAUUAGGUGAAUAACAAUGAUUUUGACAUAAUGCAAUGUCAGACAUUUAGACUUCAAAUUGUCUGGUUUUGUCCUUGCGUUUACCAAGUUUCCUGUUGCAAGUGAGUGAGUAGAUGACGUCGUGUUUUUUGUGGUGUAUUUACAAUCACAUAUGAAAACAAAGCGCAUGUCCCAAAUUAUUUAUCACCUAAAUUUUAACGCUAUGCAGUAAAAAUGAAAAACGAAAUAGUAUAUGCUUUAAAGUAAAAAGUGUAUUCAAAGUACGUAACAUAUGUGAACAUACGUGAAGAAUCGAAAGUUACAAAAUUCAAACUCCAUAUAACUAAAAUAGUAUAUGACAACCAUAGCAAUGGAAUAGUAACAACGAAAUAGCAUAUUACAUAUUGUUCAAAUUUUGAAAUGUUUAAGAUUGCAUGGAAGUAAGUAAUGCUUAUCCCAGCGUUUAACCAAAAUUUCUAUAAACUAUAUCCAAAACAAUAAUCACUAAACCCUAAAGGGAAAUAUAAACCAUAACCCAAAUAUCAAAAUAUGCAAAAUAGUAUAUAUGAAGCAUUAUCAAAAUAGAAUAGUAACAAACGAACUAGUAUAGCAUAUAUUGUUCAAAUUUUGAAAUUCUAUGAUUACAUGGAAUGAGGUAAUGCUUAUCAUAAACGUCAACCCAAACAGUACAUAAGCUAAACCCAAAAAAUUAAUCACUAAACCCUAAAAGAAAUAUAAACCCUAACUCAAUUAUCAAAAUGUGGAAAGUACACAUAUAAAGCAUUACUAAAAUAUAAAAAUUAAACCUAAACAGAAUGGAACAAAAUAAAUAUCAUAGUAAAUAUUGGUGAAAUUAUGAAAUGACUAUGCUUGCAUGAAAGAAGUUAAUGCUAAUCCAACCUCAAUCUCCACCUUCUGAAUAGUAAACUCUAAAUCUUAAUCACUAAACCCUAAACUCAAUUAUAAACCUCAAAUGUAUAUAUAAAUCUUAAAUCCAAAUAAAAUGGAACAAAAUAGAUAGAAUAAUACAUAUUGGUGAAGUUAUGAAAUGUUUAUGAUUGCAUAGAAGAAGUUAAUUGCUGACCCCAAAUUGAGAUUGACUGUAGAGUAUUAUGUGAAGAUUAACAGCAUUAGAGAAAAGAGAUGGAGAAGACAACAUCGUAUGAAUAUCAUUUCAUUCAUCAUCACAUUGUAUUCUGUUUUAUUUGAUGUGAUAAUAAAUUCUAUUUCAUUUACAUUUAAUAUACUAUUUCUCUUUACAAAAUCAUAUUCACAUCAAUGUAAAACACAUACAUACACCGAUACAAAACUCAUAUCAAUAGAACAUGAAACAACAACUAACAAGAUUGAACUUUUUUUCCAAGCAUGCAUCAAAUGAAAUAUAACAUUGUAAAUAGUACAUUAUAUAUUAAUAAACAUGGCAAAUAAGAGAAUAGUCAAAUUUGAAGGAAAGACAAUCUGUUUCAUUUCAUAAAAUAGUAUAGAAAUACAAUCCUUGUUCAUCUCCCUCCUCGUCUUCGAACGCGAAAUCAAAACUUACAUGUUUUCACGUUUCGUCUUCACUCAAUAAAAUAUCUCAGAUUGAGAAGAUGGAUGCAUAGCCCGGGUGGUGCUCCUUGCUGCAUCGGCUGUAACUGCAGCGAGCUUGCGGUUUCAUAAGCAGAAAAGGUUGAAAUUUUGGGAGAAAAUUUUUGAUCACAAAAUAUUCCUAGAAAUCCCACAUAGACAAAAUUUCAUCAACAAUCCAACAAAUCUGAGAAGACACAGAUUAACCUUCUCCAAAUUAAAAAAAAUAUUUCAGAGAGUGAAUGAAUAUCAAAGAGCCACGAAUAACUUUUGACAAGUAAUUAGUAGGAAGUUUUAUUUUUUUAUUUCUUUCACAUUUUACCCGUUGUGUUGAAAGAUAAAAUAGAACUAUUAUACAAAAGUGAAACCGUGUAUAGGUGUACUAGAAAUUGGUUAUGUAGCUAAUUAGUAUUUUUUUUUAGUUAUACAGUCCAAUUUCUCAAAAAAAAAAUUGGAAGAGCAUUAGCUUUCGUCGGGAAUCUUGACACGAUGAUACGUUAGUUCAAGGAAUGUAACAAGAUUAGAAGUUAGCUUUGCAUUACAUAGAAAUUCUUAAAGGAUGUAGCUACAGACACGAGCAUGAUCGUUAGAGAGCUUUUGAAAAGGCAUAAGAUCUCAAAAAGCUUACAUUUUCAUUUUGAAGAAAUUGGCAAAGUGUGAGAAAUUGAUGUAAUUUGGUUUACCUAAAUUGAUCAGUUGGCAUGGAUGAGCUCAACCGAAACGAAGACAGUUGAAUAUGUUUUCUCCGUGUGUCACCGUCAUCGCCUUCUCCGUCACCAUCACAAUUGAAGCUGGUUUCAACAGUAAUGAAGAAAACAGAUCCCACAUGUUAUUGUCUUCUCCGUCAAGCUCUCACCGGAAUCCGUGGCCACAACAAGCUCCAUUCCUCGUCGCAGGUCAAAAAAUGAAAUUGUCGUGAUCUCAUCCAGGCACCACUCGUCGCGUCGGAUUGUCUCUGUAAUGCGAUUGGGCUCGCUUUCCUCCGCAGCAGUCAUUUCAGCUUCUCUCCUCGACCUCCGACGAACCACGUCAUUAACUAAGUUGACAAAGAAUUAAAAAAAUAAGAAUCACUUAUUGUGAUAAUUUCUAAAAAAGUUGACAAAAAAUUUAAAAAUAUUUAUACAAUUAUCUGUGAAGUGAUUUUUUUCGUUAAAAUCUAAAGCGUUUAAAGUCUUUCUUAUUUUAAUAAAUAAUUAGAUUAUAAUUUUAAUAUAUAAUUGCCCAUAAAUUUUAAACAAAUUUAAUUAAUUUGAUAAUCAUCAUUAUUUAAAAAUAUUCUAUAUUAUGUAUCCAAAAUUAUUUUACAUCAUAAUAUUUUAGAAUAAAUAUAAAUAUGUAUAUAUGAAUAUUUUCAAGGUUAUUUUACGUAGUAAAAUAUAUUUUAUUAAAAUAAUUUUUUUAUCGUAUAUAAAAUUUUAAUAUUUAUUUGAUUAUUAAAUAUUUUAAAAGUAUGAAAUAAUGUAUUCUAAUGAUUUUUAAUUGAUCACAUAUAUAUUUACAAAUAUUUAUAAAAUUAUUAAGCCCGCAAGUGCAGGUAAAACACCUAGUUUUAUGUUUAAUUUUAGUGUUUGGUUUAAGUUUUGAAUUAAGAUUUAAGUUUUUGGUAUAUCUUGUACAACACAGUAAAGCCAAUAAAAAGUGAGAAUAUAUAGUGAGAAACUACCUGACAUAAAAACUUAUAUUGUUUGAGUUAAUAAUUUUGGUUUUGAAUUUAGUGUUUGGUAUACGUUCAGCUUUCAGGGUUUAACGACGGCGGUAUUCCUCAUGAGUUCCUCGUAAAAUAGGCUUUACGAGGAAUUAGCGAGGAAACGCGUUUCGUCAUUACUUGUUCGUCGUAAAGAAUAUUUUUUCGCUAAUUCGUCGUAAAUUAGCGAGGAAAAUAUCUCGCCGUAAAAACGAAGUACAACAUUUCAUCGUAAAGACCACGUAAAUAUUCGACGUAAAGAGGUCGCUGUAUUUCCUCGUAAAUACCUCGAAAAUUGUUCCUCGUAAACUACACGUAAACAUCUCGAAAAUAUUUUCUCGUAAAUAUUUCCUCGUAAAAUACUCGUUUAUCUUUCCUCGUCAUUUCCUCGUAAACUCUCCACGUAAGUAAGUCGUAAAUUAGCUUCGAAUUUACUUCGUUUUUUAUUUUACAGAAUUAAAAAUAUAAUUAAAAAAAUAAAUUAUUUAAUUUAUUAAUAAAAUUAAUUUAAAAAAUAAUAAUAAAUAAAUACCAAAAUAUUUUAUAUAUAAAUAAGUUUUGAAUUUAUAAUACAACAACC